UUUUUCAGGCCCGAUACAGUGUAUAAGUCUUGCUCAUUUUGUAUUUAAUAUAACAUUUCAUAGCAGGCAUUUGAUAUUAAAUAAAGAUGUACUUCAUCCUUCAGGGAUUGCAAAAUCUUUGACAUGACAUUUUAAUCAACAGUAUAACUCUGUAGUUUAAAGUUGGGCUUUAUCAUCAGCUCAGAGCAGGAAAAACCUACCUAGAAUGAAGGUAGCUAAGAUGAUUAUUGAGAUCAUCCAUUAACUAUAUUAUCUAAUCACUUCAGUUUCCACUUCCCCUUGGCCUCAAAAGUAAAAAAGUCUAAUAGCAAAAAAAAAAAAAGAAAAAAGUCUACUAGACUUACUAGAAAGGGAAUUUGAAUGUUUUACCUCACUGUAAACUCUUAGAAGAGGAACUAAAACUGCCAUUUAAAUGUGCUGUUCAAUGUAUUGUCAGUGAACUUUACCGUGACUAUGCUAAAAUCAGCGAGUUUCGAAACUAAAAUUACUUCUGAAUCUUCCAGUCAAAAAGCAAAGGUCUUCUCCAUGAUUUGAUUACACUUUUAACACAGGAACAUAAUUAACCACCCCUUUUAAAAAAUGCCUUUACAAUUUACACCUGUAAUAUGACGAAAUAUGACAUGAAAUACUGUGACGAACAUGAAUCGGUUCAGCUACCAGAGACCUAGUCUCAACAGAGGACGAUGACAUCUAUCGUCUCAGGUAAUCUUCACCUAAACCCCAGGAGAGUAACAGUCAGUCCCACCCCACGAAAGCCCAGGUUUCGCUCAGGUCCUGGCCCUGCCGGCGAGAUGACGUUCACGACCGCGGGGAUUUCCGUAGCUGUGACACACUCUACUUCCGGCCGGCGGUGAGAGUCAGUGACGUGGCAGGCCAGGCCGAUCACAGUCCUUAGGGCCGGGACACCCGGAGCUGUCAGGUGGCCUUUGGGCAGCACUGCGGGGAAAGCCUCAAGUACCUACUGCGGUUGCGAAUGCCAGCCCGGAGCCGGAAGUGCCACGUGUCCCGAUUGCGCCUGCGCGACCAGCGGCUGACAGGCACUUCCGGCGGGGGCCUCCCUUUUCUCGCCGCUUGGCUGCUGCCUUCCAGCCCAGCGUUCCCGUCCCUACCGGCCCUACUCGUAUCCUCAGCUCCCAGGCCAGGCCGUGGCCGCCGGUGGGCUGGGGAGAAUGCGGCGCCAGGCCUAGGGCUUGCUGCACCGCCCUCUCUCCUCCCCGCCUUCAGUCCUAAGUCGUUAGCCCUUUCCCUCCGCCUCCAGCAGUCGUCUGUCGGCUCUUCGCUUGGCGCUGUCGCAGACCCCUACUACCAGCCCGGAUAACCACCGUCGUCAUGUCCCAGCCGGGGAUACCGGCUUCCGGCGGUGCCCUAACGGGACUUCAGGCUCAAAACGGGGAGGCCUCGGCCUCGGGGUCUCCUUACAGCAACGGUCCUAUCCAAAAUGCACUGAUGUCUUCACAAAUAUCAGUGAGCCAAGGAUACAAUUCUCAGCUUCCAGGAUCCUACCCUCAUUUAAUACCAGCAAAGACUUUGAAUCCAGUCUCUGGACAGUCAGCCUAUGGUGGUUCUCAGACUGUUUCUCCAUUAAAUAAUUACCAGGGACCUGGGCAGACUCUUUAUAGACCACCUGUGGCUUCCAGUACAGUGAGACCUUCACUCCAUAGUGAUCCUGUUCCCCGAAUGCCACAACCUACUUCUCAGAACCCAGCUGCUGCACCAAUGCCUUCUGGUAGUUUUCUUCCUGGAACCAACGUACCACCACCUUUGAAUUGGCAGUGUAACUAUCCAUCCACCGGAUCACAGACAAACCAUUGUCCUCGUUCAUCAUGCGAACCAACUAUGUCUGGAAAUACAAAUAUGACAACAAGUCAUCAAUAUGUUUCUCCUGGAGAGCCUGCACUUCAAAACAACUUCAUAAAAUCAGGUUCUGCGCCCCCCUUAGUGAAUCCACUUCUGCCUACCACUUUUCAACCAGGAGCUCCUAUUGGGCCCCCUCCAACUGGAGGACCACCUCCCGUGAGGGCACUCACUCCUCAGAUAUCACCACAUAGAGCUGUGUCCCAGCCCCCAUUUAAUUCAGCUAGCAACCAAGAAGGUAUUACAUCGAAUACCAAUAAUGGGUCUAUGAUGGUUCACAAUAGUUAUGAUGAAAUUGAAGGCGGUGGCUUCUUGGCAACACCACAGCUUGCUAAUAACAACCUCACAGUGAGCCGAAGUGUUGGAUAUUCAUAUCCCUCCUUACCGCCUGGUUAUCAGAAUACCCCACCACCUAGUACAACAGGAAUGCCACCCUCUUCUUUGAAUUACCCAACUGGGCCACAGGCCUUUACUCAGACUCCCUUAGGUGCUAAUCAUUUAACUGCAAGCAUGAGUGGAUUAAGUCUACAUCCAGAGGGUCUAAGAGUUAUCAAUCUUCUUCAAGAAAGAAACGUGCUUCCACCAACACCUUUGCAGCCUCCAGUUCCAAAUUUGCAUGAAGAUAUCCAGAAACUCAACUGUAACCCAGAGUUAUUUCGAUGUACACUGACUAGCAUUCCUCAGACUCAGGCCUUACUGAAUAAAGCCAAACUUCCUUUGGGACUGCUGCUUCAUCCUUUCAAAGACCUAGUGCAAUUGCCUGUGGUUACCUCCAAUACAAUUGUGAGAUGCCGUUCCUGCAGGACAUACAUCAACCCUUUUGUCAGCUUUCUUGAUCAAAGGAGAUGGAAGUGUAAUUUAUGUUACCGAGUCAAUGAUGAGAAGUUUUCGUGUAGAAAACAUUUUUGUGACACUUACGUGACCCUUUUUUUCCUUCAGUUACGACCACCUCAACCUCCAGUGUACCUCUUUGUAUUUGAUGUGUCUCAUAAUGCAGUUGAAACUGGAUACUUGGACUCAGUUUGCCAGAGUUUGUUAGACAAUCUGGAUUUGCUUCCUGGCAACACUAGGACAAAAAUUGGCUUCAUAACAUUUGAUAGUACAAUCCACUUCUACAGUCUUCAAGAAGGUCUCUCUCAACCUCAGAUGCUAAUAGUUUCAGAUAUUGAAGAUGUUUUUAUACCUAUGCCAGAGAACUUAUUAGUAAAUUUAAAUGAAAGAAAAGAGCUUGUCCAAGAUUUACUGAAAACUUUGCCGCAAAUGUUCACCAAGACCCUGGAGACCCAGAGUGCCUUGGGUCCUGUACUUCAGGCUGCCUUUAAGCUGAUGUCCCCAACUGGUGGUCGAAUGUCCGUCUUUCAAACACAACUCCCAACUCUUGGAGUGGGAGCCCUGAAACCACGAGAGGAACCCAACCAAAGGUCAUCUGCUAAGGAAAUUCACUUGACACCAUCCACUGACUUCUACAAGAAAUUAGCCUUGGACUGUUCUGGUCAGCAGGUAGCUGUUGACUUAUUUCUUCUCAGUGGACAGUAUUCUGAUUUGGCCUCUUUGGGCUGUAUUUCUCGGUAUUCUGCGGGUAGUGUCUACUACUACCCCUCUUACCACCAUCAGCACAACCCAGUCCAAGUACAGAAGUUACGGAAGGAACUACAUAGAUACCUCACUCGGAAGAUUGGCUUUGAGGCAGUCAUGAGGAUUCGGUGCACCAAAGGUCUUUCCAUUCAUACUUUCCAUGGGAACUUCUUUGUUCGGUCGACAGAUUUACUGUCUUUGCCCAAUGUAAACCCAGAUGCGGGGUAUGCAGUACAGAUGUCAGUGGAGGAGAGUCUUACUGACACUCAGUUGGUUUCCUUUCAGUCAGCACUCUUGUAUACGUCCAGCAAGGUGUUAGCUGUUGACAGGUCUGUGACUGCCAGUCUGAGUGAUGCUCGGGACGCCUUAGUGAAUGCCGUCAUAGACUCCCUUUCAGCUUAUCGUUCUUCAGUCCUAAGUAACCACCAGCCUGGACUCAUGGUUCCUUUUUCUUUGAGGCUUUUCCCACUCUUUGUGUUGGCUCUUCUUAAACAGAAAUCAUUCCAGACUGGGACAAAUGCACGUCUAGAUGAACGUAUUUUUGCUAUGUGUCAAGUGAAAAACCAGCCCUUGGUUUACCUUAUGCUCACAACUCAUCCCAAUUUGUAUAGAGUUGACAAUCUCUCAGAUGAGGGAGCUCUCAAUAUCAAUGAUCGCACCAUACCUCAGCCACCUAUUCUUCAGCUUUCGGUGGAGAAGCUGAGCAGGGAUGGAGCUUUUCUCAUGGAUGCAGGCUCUGUACUGAUGCUUUGGGUUGGAAAAACUUGUGGACAGAAUUUUCUCAACCGAGUUCUAGGAGUUCAAAACUAUGCAUUAAUUCCACACACUAUGACAGACCUUCCGGAACUUGAUACACCAGAAUCUGCCAGAACAAUAGCUUUCAUCUCUUGGCUUAGAGAGCAGAGACCAUUUUUCCCAAUACUUUAUGUAAUAAGGGAUGAGAGUCCAAUGAAAGCAAACUUUCUUCAAAACAUGGUAGAAGACAGAACAGAAUCUGCAUUAUCAUAUUAUGAAUUCCUCUUGCAUGUACAACAGCAAGUCAAUAAAUGAACAAAUGAAGAUAUCUGACUUGGUUAUUUCUAAGGAAAGUCACGAUCAUACAGAACACCUGAGAAUGUAUAAUACCUUCCUUUUCUAUUAGGUUUGUGGACUGAUAUGUUGAUUAUAUGUUCCCACUGUGAUUUCAACAAACUAUAGCAAAUAAAGGACCAUAGCAGAGAAUCAAACAUGCAACUCUGAAAUACUGUAUUUUUCAAAUCAAAAUAUAUCUACAUAUGAUCGGAUACCUUUUUUCCUUUGCUGCCAAUUAUGUUUGAGCUGUUAUGGAUUGAAAUAAGAUGAGACAAUGUUGCAGAGGCAAAAUACAUUUUGUAAAAUAAAGACUUCUGUGUUCCAAAUGUAUAUUUCUCAUUUUUUUCUGAAUUUUUGGCUGCUACAUUUAAAACCUCACAAGACAAAUGUUACAGGGAAGUUAAAAAUCCAUUAAUGAUUUCUAAAAUAAAAAAAUUCUAGAAGUAAUAGUAUAUAGAAAAACUAGAAUCCAUCCCCCAUACCUGUUUUUUUUCCUUAUUUAAGGAAGAAAAAGAAUCAUCAUGUUAACUAAAACUAGAGUAAACUAACUCUAGUCUAGCUUGAGAAGAAUAUGAAAUAAUACACAAUCAAGCUUUAAAAUCUGUCAGUAUUCUCUAUACUUAAAGAACAAAGUCACCUUGAUUUGAAGUGUAAACUGUAAGUUGUUUUCUGAUUUGACUGCAAAGGACUUGGACACGCUAUUUUAUUCUGCAGUGAAAAGAAUCUGAGCUAUCUUCAUUAAAUACAUUGGGGCUAGCAAUGAUAAUAGGGAGAUGAGGAACUAGUUACCUUGAUCCUUUAAGUGGGUUUUGUUUGGUACAUUUCUGCUCUGCGAAAUGUAAUAAGUGUUAUAUUGGUGAAAUGAGGAUGAAUGAAAGAAAUUAAAGUUUUCUUAAAUGCUGUCUCAAAUGUAUCAGUAACAUUUUUCUAAGGACUUUAAAUUGAAAGCCACUCAUAAGAGGUUUAUUCUUGGAUAUUAAAACUUAUUAAAGCAUGAAUGCUGCUGUUUGAUUUGAUGGAUAUUAAGAUUACAUAAAUCGAGUAUAUUGAAGUUAUGAAAGAAACUUGAUUUCUGAACAUGCUCAAGAGACUGCUUUUUUGAUUCAGCCGGAGAAAUAUAGUCAAAACCAUUAAGUGAAUUUUGUUUACACAUAGAUAAAUUAUACAUCUGUAUAUUUAAAGUGCUGUGAUAGAAUAUCUUUAAGAGUUUGGCCCAGUUUUCACAGAUUCAUAUUGUCUUGUAUGAACUUCUUAAAGUAAAAGAUGUUCAUGUGUAAUACUUGAUGAAAAGAUUUUUGUUUGUUUUUAAUGGGUAGAAAAAUGUGUUUACAAUCUUGGUCUCAUGUGAUCACCAAUGAAAUAAUAACUUUCAGGUUUACAUCAAUAUGAGCUGACUUUAACUGAGUUGUUUUGGGAUAGGGAAGAAGUAGGUCCCACUAGAGUAUAUACUACUGUCUGUCAUCUGGAUCAGAAUAAUUGUGUUUUAUAAAGAUAUCAUCUCCCUUAAGCAGUGUUAAGGUUUAUUUUCAGUAUGCGAGUGGUAUAUUGAACUAGAAAUAUUCUUGAAAGCUGCUUCAUUUAUUAGGAAGCAAUUUUCAAAGUGUAGCACAUAAAAAUCAAUUUGUAUUUCCCCCCCUUUUAAAUAAAUUGAGUAAUUAUUAUGCACUGAUGUUUCUUAAAAUAAUUAAAAUUCUCUUCUUAAUGUGAAUUUUAAAUGUUGAUAUUUAUAGGUCCGUUCUUAAUAGCAGUAAAGAAUCUUCCAGAGGGAAAAGUGUGCUUCUAGGGACAAUAAUCUUCCUUGUGCCUCACUUCAUCCCUAAGUGGGUAUGACUCUUGUUAUUACUACAUGCUUUGUUAGUAUAUUUCACAAAUUUACUUUAAAAAAUUUACUUUAAAAAAUUAUUUUAGAUAUUGUGUAACAUGUGCAAUCCAGAAUAAUUUUAUAAUAGCCAGGUCAUAAAAAACAUAACUUUAGUUAGGAUUCACAGUAUUUGUUCUCUGGAUAAUGAGGGAAUGAAUGAACCUUUUGGAGAUAUUGAUAUUAAGCAAUUAUUUUUUGCAAUAUUGAGUGUGUUUUUUAGUUUGAUUUUUUUUUGCAAUAGGGCACUACCUGCUAUCUCAUCUUGUAUUACUUUUUUAUGUAAAGCAACUAAUAUUUACACUAUGCCAUAUUUUUUUUAUUGUAGUUGUAAAUUAUGAAAGAUCCUUGAAUUUUCUACAGAUCUACAACUACUAACGUAACAGAUAAGGGCAAUCUUGGUAUUUAAAUCUGAGCAUGGCAGUUCUACCAUAAAAAGUACUCUAUUUUUCUAAUUUCUAGGAUUUUUAAAAUAACAUUUCUGUAAGUCUGACAUAUUAAUAUUCACUCAAGCUGUACCAUUUAUUUUAGUUUGCAUAUAUUUCAGUGUUUUAAUUUAAUGUAUUGAGUUUAUGUUUUAAGUAGAAUAAAAGAUUUAUGUCUUCUAAUCAAAAUGUGUAACAGCUAUUAUCUAGGGGACCACCAAAUGUGAUUUCAAGAUUUUGUUAACUAUUAAAUAUAAUCCUUAUAUAGAAAUUUUAAUUUUGUAAAGUAGUGUAUAAUAUUGUAACAUGAAAUUCUUGUUUUCAAAUUCAAAUAUGUAUUGAUCUUCAAUGUGUUGUGUUAAAUCUUGCUUCUCUGAAAUGAUAGAGACAAGAUUUGUCUUCCUUUUUACAGUUUGUAGUUUUCACUGUUUUAUUCCUGUAAAAAAAAAAAAGUCAUUUGUAACCCAUGCAAAUAAUCAUUUGAAAUGUGCUAACUUAUCAAUUUGGUUAUUCAAUAAAAUUAAUUGAAAGAGCUUA